AUGAACAACAGGCGGACUGUUUUGUGUGAGUACUGGCUCCGUAGUGGGUAUUGUCGCAACGGGAGCAAGUGCAACUUCGCACACGGAGCUACACAGCUCCGCCGCGCUGAAGUGAAUGCACAUCCCGAGGAUGUGCAGCUUCGAAAGGCGGUCAGUGGAGAAACUCCACCACCAGCGAAGCUUCUCGAGUGGCGCGAGCAGCUUGCUUCACUGCCACCAGGCAGGCAGUUGAGUUUCGAAGGUCUGCGUCCAACGGAGCGAUAUGCACUUCACCAGCUGGCCAAUGAAUUCCACUUGACGCACAUGUCAACUGGAGUUGGGGACCAGCGCCGGCUCCACAUUUUGAAGCCCGCCCCGGCAGAGGCGAGUCCCAAAGCCGAAGAGGACAAAGGGCGCCUUUCCAGGGCUGAGCAAAAGCGGCGCAGAAAGGAACGGAUGAAGUCGAAAGUUUCUACCCAGACUCACCUGCAGUCAACUGAACCUGAAGGUGGCGUUGACGAAGGGGAGGCUGAGAUGGACAGAAUGAUGCAAGAGUUGCAUGUGGGCUGA